GAGAAGGCUCUAGGCGGGCUGGCCAGCGGGUUGCGGCCGCACUUCGUUGAGUCGCCGCCGACGCUACCGGGGACAUGGAGGGGCCGGGGCUAGGCUCGCAGUGCAGGAAUCACAGCCAUGGCCCCUACCCUCCAGGAUUUGGUCGACACGGAGUCUGCGCACAUGAAAAACAACUUGCCAAGGCGAGAGAAGGUCUUCCUCUCAUAGAGGACUCUAGUAACUGUGACAUUGUAAAAGCCACUCAAUACGGGAUUUUUGAACGAUGUAAAGAGUUGGUGGAAGCAGGAUAUGAUGUCAGGCAACCAGACAAAGAAAAUGUGUCGCUUCUUCACUGGGCUGCUAUUAACAACAGAUUGGAUCUUGUAAAGUUUUAUAUUUCAAAAGGUGCUGUGGUAGAUCAGUUGGGUGGAGAUUUAAAUUCAACUCCUCUUCACUGGGCCAUCAGACAAGGGCAUUUACCUAUGGUCAUAUUAUUACUGCAGUAUGGUGCAGACCCCACUCUUAUUGAUGGAGAGGGAUUCAGCAGCAUCCAUCUGGCAGUAUUAUUUCAACACAUGCCCAUUAUAGCAUAUCUCAUCUCAAAAGGACAGAGUGUGAAUAUGACAGAUGUAGAUGGGCACACACCUCUCAUGCUAUCAGCUCACAAAGUACUUGGGCCAGAACCAACUGGAUUUCUUUUAAAGUUUAAUCCUUCUCUCAAUGUGGUUGAUAAAAUACACCAAAACACUCCUCUUCACUGGGCUGUUGCUGCAGGAAAUGUUAGUGCUGUCGAUAAACUCUUGGAAGCUGGUGCUAGCCUGGAUAUCCGAAAUGUUAAGGGAGAAACACCUUUUGACAUGGCUCUGCAAAAUAAAAAUCGACUCAUUAUUCACAUGUUAAAAACGGAGGCCAAGAUGAGAGCCAAUAAUUUCAGACUUUGGAGGUGGCUGCAGAAAUGUGAGCUCUUCCUGCUGCUGAUGCUUUCUGUGAUUACCAUGUGGGCUGUUGGAUACAUAUUGGACUUCAAUUCAGAUUCUUGGCUUUUAAAAGGAUCUCUUCUAAUAACAUUAUUUUUUCUGACAUCUUUGUUUCCAAGGUUCUUGGUCGGAUAUAAGAGCCUUAUAUACUUACCAACAGUCUUUCUGCUAAGUUCCAUUUUUUGGAUAUUUAUGACUUGGUUCAUGUUAUUCUUUCCUGAUCUAGCAGGCACCCCUUUCUAUUUCAUUUUCAUUCUCAGCAUACUAGCCUUCCUCUACUUUUUCUACAAGACGUGGGCAACUGAUCCAGGCUUUACAAAGGCCUCUGAAGAAGAAAAGAAAAUGAAUAUCAUCACCCUUGCAGAGACUGGCUCUCUGGACUUAAGAACAUUUUGUACAUCAUGUCUUAUAAGGAAGCCAUUAAGGUCACUCCAUUGCCACGUAUGCAACUCCUGUGUGGCUCGGUAUGAUCAACACUGCCUGUGGACUGGACGGUGCAUAGGUUUCGGCAACCACCACUAUUAUAUAUUCUUCUUAUUUUUCCUUUCCAUUGUCUGUGAGUGGAUUAUAUAUGAAUCUUUCAUCUAUUGGUCAAAUCAUUGUGCCACAACAUUCAAAGAAGAUGGACUGUGGACCUACCUCAAUCAGAUUGUGGCCUGUUCCCCUUGGGUCUUGUAUAUCUUCGUGUUAGCAAGUUUCCAUUUCUCAUGGUCAAUGUUUUUAUUAUUAAAUCAGCUCUUUCAGAUUGCUUUUCUGGGCUUAACCUCCUAUGAGAAAACCAGCCUGCUGAAGCAGAGCAGGCACAUGAAGCAGACGUUGUCUCUCAGAAGGACCCCAUACAACCUCGGGUUCACACAGAACCUCGCGGAUUUCUUUCAGUGUGGCUGCUUUGGCCUGGCCAAGCCCUGUGCGGUAGACUGGACAUCCCAGUACACCAUGGUCUCGCACCCAGCUAAGGAGAAAGUUCUUCGCUCAGUAUGAAGAAAAGCAACCCAGACUCUCUCUGAUGUGUUCGUUUUUAUGUCAGUACCCUGUGGUCUGCAAGGGAAGUGAAGAUUGAGAGUUCACCUAAGCCCAGAAGAAAACACAGGUGGUUUUUAAAGCCAUUAGGUAAAAACAGAAGUUCUUGAGAAAGGCAUUAUGCUUUUUCAGGUUUAGCAAGAUGGACUGUUCCUGAACAAUCUUGGCAGACAUCUAAAAAAAACACCUAUUUUUCACAAGAAAAUGCAAGUUUCUCACUCUCUCUCUCUCUUUUUUUUUUUUUUGGAGGGAAUAUUCACCAAUUAUGGAGAAAAUGUAUUUUCAAAUACUUUGUUGGCUGUUUCAAAAUAGUACUAUUCUCUAAACUUGUAAUUUUGGAUAAAUUAUUUGUCUUUGUUUUACCUAUAAAUAUGUAAAAAAUAUUUAAAUAGAUGUACCUGUUUUGGUUUCACACUUAAUAAAAUUUUUUUUUUUUUUUUGUA